AUGAAAGAAGAGAUGGAGCUGAAGGGCGAAAGUGCUGUGCUGUCAGGGCCAGUAGGGAGUGGAAACAAUACAUAUGAGAACGCGAUAUCGCGCGAGAAACAACAAAUGGAGAGAUAUCUCAACUUCUUCUCAUCUGUGGCAUUCUCCACUUGUCUUCUUGCCACAUGGGAAUCUGCUGGUGGCAGUUUGCUCGCGGGGCUGUACAACGGUGGCCCUGCAGCGAUUAUUUACGGGAUCAUCUUGAGCACUGUAGGAAACUUGGCCAUCGCUUGCUCUUUAGCUGAGCUGGCCUCUCUACACCCAACUGCAGGUGCUCAGUAUCACUGGAGCUAUUUCCUUGCUCCUCGUGGUCGUCGAUUUAUUAGUUUCUUCCAGGGCUGGAUCACUGUUUUCUCCUGGUCUGCUCUUGUCUGCAUUGCGCCAUACUUCAUCGGAACCCAAAUCCAGGGUCUAGUUGUGCUGGCGUACCCUGGAUAUGAGCUCGAGAGAUGGCGUGGUACGCUGCUCAUGUGGGCAGUUGCAAUUAUCCCGAUCAUUAUCAAUAUAUUCGCACGUCGCGUUCUGGGGGGCAUUGAAGUUGCUGCAGGCAUCAUGCAUGUGGUCUUCCUACCCGUUACCAUCGCCGUCUUCGUUACUCUCGCCCCUCGAAACCCCAACGCAUUUGUCUGGGACACAUUUGUCGGCGGCUUGAGUGGCUGGAAGGAUUCCGGAGUUGUAUUCUCUGUCGGUCUUCUUGGUGUCAUUACUCCUCUAUCUGGCGUCGACGGCGUAAUCCACAUGGCCGAAGAAGUCAAAAACGCCAAUGUCGUUGUUCCCCGCUCAAUGAUCUAUGGAACCCUAAUCAACGGAGCUCUCGCAUUCUGCUACCUGAUCGCUGUUCUCUACUGUAUGGGCGACUACCUCGAAGCCGUCACCAGCGCAACAGGCUACCCCAUCAUCACAAUCGCCUACCAAGCAACCGGAUCUAUAGAAGCCACCUGUGUCCUUAUGACACUGGGUAUGCUUCCCGGCUGGAUCGCCCUCUUCAACGGCCUCGCCUCUGUUACACGUCUGACCUGGGCUUUCGCCCGAGACAACGGACUUCCCUUCUCCGACUUCUUUGCUGUCAUUGACACAACCUACAAGAUACCUCUCCGUGCUUUGGGCUUAGUUGCAUCAUGCAUGUUCGCGCUUUCGUUCAUUCAGAUCGGGUCUACAGCUGCGUUCAACGCUAUUCUCUCGCUUAGUACGCUCGGUCUUUAUAUUUCCUAUCUUAUUCCUCUCAUUCUUCUUAUCUCAAAGCGCUUCAUGACACCCCAUGAUAUUCCACAUGGAACAUUUAGUCUAGGGAAGUUCGGCCUCCCCAUGAAUAUUCUUGCCAUUCUCUUCGCUAUCUAUUUCAUUAUCUUUCUUCCUUUCCCGGCGACUGUGCCGGUUACCGCGGAGAAUAUGAAUUACGCUGGACCUGUCCUUGGAUUGGUUAUGUUGUUUGCCUGUGGGGAUUGGAUUGUUCGUGGACGGCACAAGUGGGAAGGCCCGACAAUGAGGUAUUACACAAGCAACGAGUGA